UAACAUUAAAGCUCUAAGAAUUAUCCUCGCCAAAUCAGUAAUUGUUGACCAGAAAACUAAUGGCAAAGAAUAGGAUUAUAAGUAACUAUAUUUCUCUUCACAACCACUUGAAUAUUCACUCAUUCUUUUAUUUGAAACGACGCCUUUUUUGGGAAUGCAAAAUACUUAUGGUAUGCAUUGGAAUCCAUCUUAAUGUGAGGUUCGCCCGUUAUGAUGGUACGUGUGAGUGUAAUACCUACGGUCCUUUGCUGCUAUGUUUUUGCUGCUAUGCUUUUGUUAUCAAGACUUGGUUCUGGUUCUCUCUUGGUGUGCAUUGGAAUCCAUCUUAAUGU